AUGCGUCUCACCAGUGUACGGAGAGCUCCUCGAGCAAACCUCACAGGCUUCGAUCCAAAAGCAUUCGCGGCAGCGGCUGGUACACCUGCAAACGAUCCCUGGGCACGAGCUGAGGCGUGGCGAUACACAGGACCCUUCUCACGAUGGAACCGAUUCAAGGGCAGCUUCCCAGGCUUGGGCAUUGCAACAGUGGCAUUUGCGGCAUACUGCGGAUACGAAUACCUCUUCUUGAAGGAAGACCACGGACAUGGAGAGGGACACGGAGAGGAACACCACUAG